AUGCGAUUCAGUACGGUACUUUUCACGUUGGCGGCAGCCCUAACCCAGGCGCUGCCCACAACGAACCACCAGAAAGAACUGCCGCCAUACUUUAUUCUAACUGGAGACUCGACUACUGCCGUAAAUGGAGGAUGGGGAGAUGGCUUCUUGAGAUUUCUUCAGAAUACGACAGGCGGCGUGAACAUCGGGAAAAGCGGCGCAACAACUGUUUCCUUUAGAUCAGGUGGUUAUUGGGCUAAGGCAAUCCAGGCCGUCAAGGACCAGAAAUGCAACUACCGACCGAUCGUGACGAUUCAGUUUGGGCACAACGACCAAAAAGCGGAGGCGAAUAUCACCCUGACGCAAUUCCAGGCCAACAUGGAGCAGCUCGCAAGAGAGGUAAUCAGCGCUGGUGGGACUCCUAUCAUCCUUACCUCUCUUACUCGCCGCACCUUCUCGGGUGGAAAGGUCAUUGAGAACUUGGCCGAGCAUUCUCAGGCAGCCAUUGACGCGGCCGAAGCCGUUGGAAUACAGUACCAGGGUUUGAACCGCGCCAGCACCGACUAUAUCAAUGCUAUCGGCUCGGCCAAUGCUGACAAGUACAACUUGAGCCCGACGGACAGGACACAUCUCAACGUGUCGGGUGAGACCGUUUUUGGUCGGAUGGUUGCUGACUUGAUCCUACGUGGAAGACCUGAUCUCGCGGCUUAUUUUAUUAAGCGGAAGGCUUUGAGUGAUAAGAUCUGGUCUGGGGAGUAUGCUACAGGUGAUGAGUAG